AUGCAAGCCUUUCCGCCGUGCCCUUCCAACUGGACCAAUCACCUCCCCUGCUAUGACCCGAAAAUCGCCAUCCUCUACCCUCGCGAAAACAACGAGUUUCGCGAACGGCAUUGCCCCGGGAAAUCGAAUCGGCGACGGUGCCUGGUGCCGGCGCCGCUGGGCUACCGCCGACCGAUACCAUGGCCUGAAAGCCGCGACUGGGUGUGGUUCCGCAACGUGCCGCACACGACGAUCGCGGACAACAAGCGCAACAAGAACUGGAUGGCGCGCAAGGGCGACAGGUGGCACUUCCCCGGCGGCGGGUCCAUGUUCCCUGACGGCGUGGAGGGUUAUCUGUACCACCUGCGGCAGAUCGUAGAGCUGGGCCCGAAUGUGCGCACAGCGUUGGAUAUCGGCUCCGGGGUUGCGAGCUUCGGAGCGGCUCUGCUGGACUAUGGCGUGCUGACCAUGUCCAUCGCCCCCAAGGACUCCUACCGCGCCCAGAUCCAAUUCGCCUUGGAGCGGGGCCUGCCUGCCAUGAUUGGGCUGCUCGCCACGCACCGCCUGCCCUUCCCCGCGCGCUCCUUUGAUCUGAUCCACUGCUCCCGCUGCUCUGCUUCGUUCGGGGACGAGAACUCCACGCAUGUGUAUGAGGUGGACCGUCUGCUGCGUCCCAACGGCGUGUUCAUCCUGGCAGGGCAGCCGGUGGCGUGGCGGGGCAAGAUCGCGGAGUGGAAGCGGCUGCGCCUGCUGGGCAAGGCGCUGUGCUGGGAGCUGCUCAAGACCGUGGGGAACGUGGCCGUGUGGCGCAAGCUGGGAGGCGACACGUGCCGCGUGGGCGUGGAGGGGGGAGGGGGCAACGUGCCCCUCUGCUCGCCUGCUCUUGAUCCCGAUGAUGCUUGGUAUGUGAAGCUACAACCGUGUGCAGUCCCCUCCGCGCCCCCCUCCUGGCCCACCCCUCCCUGGCCCCUUCGCUUGCACACACCCUCCCCCCGCGUGCAACUCGCUCUCCCUGCCUCCUCCAAAGCCUCUCUCUCCGACUGGCUUGCUGAUACUGGGCCCAACACCCUUCCUGCUAUCUAUGACCGUGGGCUUGUGGGGACUGUGCAUGACUGGUGUGAGUCCUUCUCAUCGUACCCUCGCACCUACGACCUCAUUCACCUGCUCUCCACUGCGCCUCUCAUGCCCUCCAGGGAGCGCUGUGAGAUUGCAGACAUAGUUCUGGAAAUGGACCGACUCCUCCGCCCAGGGGGCACUGUCAUUGUGCGCGAUCAGCCUGGGCCUCUGGCCGUGGUGGCACAGGCAGCUAGAGCUGCCCAGUGGUCUCUCGCCUUCUUCCCCCCAGAGACCAAGAAAAGCCCGGAGCGCAUUCUUGUGGCCACUAAGCCAGUGCCGGCUGGGUUUGAAGGGACAGAUGCGCUGGGAGGAGAUGGGGAGGGUGAUGGGGAAGGCGAGGUGGAGGGGGUUCUGAGAGGUUGGUAG